CCUUCCCGUACGCUGCAAGCUUUGGCGCUGAUCUUUUGAUUGGUUUUAGACGUUUCUUGAUACCUCGGCAGUAUGUUUGGGCUAGGGAAGAGGCUUAGGCUCGUUAUUGAGAGACAUGUGCUUUGUGCUGCGAGGAUUAAACACGAGAAAGUUUGUUGGGCGUCACGGGGAGGUUUGCUCCGGGCUUUCCAAACGCUGGCCUUCAACAGCCAGCCCAGCAAGGGCCAUAAGACAGCAUAGCGUGACAGGGAGCAGGCAGAGCUGAGACGGUCCCUCCAUUUAACUUAUUAAAACGUUAGCCUCAGCAAACCUAACCCGCAAUAAGAUAGCGUUUCCAGAAUUAACGUGCCUGUGUGUUUCUCUUGCUGCUCUUUCCUGCGCUGCCUUGAUCAUCCUCCAUUAUACAGGAUAGUAGCCGUGCUGAUGAUCUUGCGUAUAACGUGAGGUAGCUCCUUAACUGUUCUGGGGUCGUUUUAACACGCGAAUGUUGAGCAGGAACAGAAGUCGCUUUGUUUGCGAUGUAUGGUCACUCUUGUGCGUGCUUUUUGGUUGUGAGUGCCAGGCCCCUCCUAUGGCGGGCGUUUGUUAUGACUGUAAAUGAAGGAACGAGAUAUCCGUAUUCCAACGUGGCGAGCCGUGAACUUUUUUGGAGGCGAGGCGUCCUUUCUGCGACCACCUCAGGUCUACUGGCUGGCUGCAGUCGGCAGGGUUUUUUGCCGGAGUGGGGUGGGGGGGGGAUGCAGUACUACAGGGCUGAGACUGGAGUGGUUCAGCUCUGAUUUCACAGGAUGUCAAGAGCAGGGCAGGAAAUGGACACCAAGGCUUUCAACCACUGUCUGCUCCUUUGCUCACCCCUCAGCCCUUGUGUCUGUUGGCGCUGCUUUGCUUCUGACGCUCGGCUCUCCUUCUAGCUGCUUCUCUGGAGCACAGAGGCCUUCAGCCGAGGGGCUCAGUGUGGCGUUUUGAUGGCGCUGCUGGUAAAAGCUGGGCCCGCUGAAGCCAAAGUGGUAGCCAGGCAAUGUUGAUGGCUACAGGAGUUGUGCUGAGACUUCACCCGCUCCUUGUUGUCCCCUGUCAGGCUGGAAUUUCUUAAGGUGUGAAUACUUUUGACUCUUUGCUUCUGUUCUCAAGCAUCUUUACUCUUGUUUUGCAACACAGACCAGCUUGUAGGGUGGGAAUGCCGCCCAGGGCUAACUUAUUUGGAGGCAAAGCAGAGCUAAGGAGAUAUAACUUGGCCGGUUAGCCUUGUCGGAUGUGAUGUGUACUGCUAGUCUCAAGACCAUAGAGCAGCUAUAUAGCUGCGUGGCCAUCUCUUGGCAGAUCUAGUGACUUGCAGGCAUUUGACACCUGAUGUUCAGAAAGUCUGGCUAUCCACGCUGCCAUUGGUAGAGGUGCCUGUAUUGUAAUACCAUAAGCAUUCUGAAUCAUUGAUAGUUUAGAAAAGCCGGGCGCACCUCACCCCAUUUUUUUUCCCUUUUACUCUGUGUAUCAGUCUUUCUGCCUGUAAAAUGGGGAUACAAGAUUUUACUUGCUGCUUCUGCAGGGUAUGUUUCUAUUCUCGUGUGAGAAGAUCAUUUAUUUUCAGACUUUCUUGAGAUGUAUACGUUAGCACCUUUCUGAAUUAUUCUUUUUACAGGGACACUAAUGCCAUCCUGUGACACCUAGGGAAAUAAAGCUAUUUUCCUCUCUAGUGCCUUGUCUAUAUUAGCAAUAUUUGCAGUGAUGUGACAUCACCAAUAGAGUUAUGCUGUUAUGUAUUACUCAAAAACAGACAGGCCUAAUUACUUUUCUGUCUAUGUUUUCUUCAGGCGUGACUUUCAGGUCUGGACUUUUGGAGGAUUAAAUUAUGUCUGUAGGAUUUGAGGAAUUUUCUGCUGGUUUUGGAAUUAGGCAGCAGUGAACACAAUUUUUUUCUCUGAGUUGUUCAAAUGGAUUUGCGAGGCAAGUCUGAAUAUUAUAGAAUGAACUUUUUUUUACUUCUGCAGCAUCAAACCUGGAUGUUUGAAAAUACAGCGAGAGAAUAUAUGCUAGAAGGUUUUGUUAAGCUGGCUUCCAGUUUCAGUGAGUGCUCAGCUCAGAAGCCAGCUGAGCACACAGUACUACUACUCCAUAGAGUUACAACCCCUAAAGAUGGGUAUGGUGCAAAGCAACAAGAUGGUACUGACUGAGGCGUUUCCACUCCUCAGUCUUCAUGCUUUCUCUUUGCCUCAGUAUCAUGAAAUCUUGGAAAAAUAGUUUUCUCUGUCAUUGCAGAGAAAUGUACAUUACAAGCAUGCGGUUCGGUUUUAGUUUAUGAACAUGAUACUCUGAAUUUAGGGAUUUGGAUUCAUACUCUGGAUCUAAAUGAAUCAGAUGUUUUGUCAACAUAGAGGUGUGCAUUUUUAGCACUUGAGAAAAAUCAGUCCAUUUCUGUUUAAACUUUUAAGUUUAGUUGAAGUUGCUUAUUAUUAGAAUACCUAUUUUCAAAAAUUAUCUACUUCCGACCAUUCUUUUGUUUGUCCAGUGCAAAAGUUUAUGUCCUAGUGUGUUUGUGGACAAAGAAAUACAUAGGAGAGCUGAAUUAAGCUUGCAGAAUCUACUUUAAAUGCUAAGGUUGUUUAGACUUCAUGUUACUUGAUCUGUCGUUCUUAACUCUGCAAUACAGUUUUCUGUUAUUUAAUAUAUUUAUUUUCCUUUUGUAGGCCCAAUUUUUGUUCUUGCAUUGCUAUUCAGUUGGAGAACUGAUGCAGUUUAAUGCCAAUAUUGCAGUGUUAGCGUAUGCACAAGAAACCGUAAGAAAGAUACGAAAUUAUGACCGUCAGCCUUCCUCUUCCCUCAGUGAUCCUUUCCUCUGCCAUCCGAGUAAUCCACCCUCCAUCUGAAGAGUCUGGCCUUUCAUGGUGAUAGAUAAUGUCAUGAAGUUAGCACUCUCUUCUUUGAGAGUGUCCCCCUCACGACAAGCAGGUCUCUUGUGCUGAUGGAAACUUUAGUCGAUUUUUCUGACUGUAUUACAAUUUGAAGUGCUUUUAACAGGUGAGUCUUUAAAGCUGGAGGUAAAUCUCUAGUUGCUGCGUGAUGUGGCUGAAUCGUUCAUGAGCUGUCACGAACUCAACUGAAAGAUUUCCUGCCGUUCUUUAUAGGGUAUAUUCAUUUGCGAGUCAUUUCCAACCUUUUUUGACUUUUUGGACUAAACAUGUUGCAAGCGGAAAAAGAGACUUCUGAUGGGAAGUGGAUAUUAUGCAACCUAGUCAGAAAAGCUGUGCUGGCCAACAUGGUGCAGCAGCAUCCAUGUAUGCUGACCUGGGAGGACUUCAGGAUUGUUGUCUGGGUCUCGGGGCACAGCCUGCUGGAGGCACUGAAAGUGGACUGGUUCCUGGUCAUGCCCGGUGGAAGGAGGGGACCCAGUCGGCAGCAGCUAAGCCGUUCAGCUUUGCCGUCUCUCCAGACUCUGGUUGGUGGGAGCUGUGGCAACGGUACUGGUUUGAGAAACAGGAAUGGUAGUGCCAUCAGCCUCUCUGCACCUCCGAUCACAGCUCUGAUUACUCCGGAGCCUGUACGUCACUGCCGGAUCCCUGAACUGCCUCUGGACGGAAGCCUUCUCUUUGAAUUCCUGUUCUUCAUCUACCUACUGGUAGCUCUCUUCAUUCAGUACAUCAACAUCUACAAGACCGUCUGGUGGUACCCAUACAAUCAUCCUGCUUCCUGCACCUCACUGAAUUUUCACCUCAUUGACUACCACCUGGCGGCAUUCAUUACAGUGAUGCUGGCUCGGAGACUGGUGUGGGCCCUCAUCUCCGAGGCCUCUCAGGUGGGCGCAACAUCAGUGAUUCACUACAUGGUGCGCCUGGUGCUGCUCACCCUCUGUGGAUGGGUGCUCUGCUGGACUUUGGUCAAUCUCUUCCGCAGCCAUUCUGUUCUCAACCUCCUCUUCCUGGGCUACCCGUUUGGUGUGUACGUUCCUCUGUGCUGCUUCCACCAGGACAGCAGAGCACAGCCCCUACCUGCGGACUGUGGUUACUUGGUACAAGAUCAGAUGGUGGAUGAUGGGGCUUCGGGUGUCAGCAGCCUGGUCAAACCCAAAGAUUUCCUCUCGCUUCUGUGGGAAUCCCUGAGAGACCAGUUCAAUAAUCCUACAUCUAUCCCCACCCACAGCUGUCCCCUCUCCCCAGAUCUCAUCCGUAAUGAGGUGGAGUGCCUAAAAGCAGACUUCAACCGCAGGAUCAAGGAAGUUCUCUUCAACUCUCUCUUCAGUGCCUACUAUGUGGCGUUCCUGCCACUCUGUUUUGUGAAGAGCACCCAGUACUACGACAUGCGCUGGUCCUGUGAGCACCUCAUCAUGGUGUGGAUCAAUGCCUUUGUCAUGCUCACCACUCAGCUGCUGCCUCCCAAGUACUGCGACCUGCUCCACAGAUCAGCUGCCCACCUGGGCAAGUGGCAGAAAUUAGAACAUGGUUCCUACAGCAAUGCUCCACAGCACAUCUGGUCAGAAAACACAAUAUGGCCGCAAGGAGUACUGGUGCGACGUAGUCGAUGCCUGUAUAAAGCAGUUGGGCCUUACAAUGUAGCAGUGCCUUCAGACGUCUCCCAUGCCCGCUUUUAUUUCCUUUUUCACCGUCCAUUACGGCUGCUCAACCUGCUGAUCCUCAUUGAAGGCAGUGUGGUCUGCUACCAGCUCUACUCACUGCUGCGCUCAGAGAAGUGGAACCAUACCCUCUCCAUGGCCCUCAUCCUUUUCUGCAAUUACUAUGUCUUAUUUAAGCUCCUCCGGGACCGGAUAGUAUUAGGCAGGGCAUAUUCCUACCCACUUAACAACUAUGGACUCAAGGCACACUAGGCCUGCCAAAUGCGUCCCCCUUCCCUUUCCCGUCCCACACGACAGGGAGGGAACCUCAGAAAAAAAUAUUUUCGUACAGUUCUAUUUUUUUCUUGCGGCGUUUAUAAAUAUUUAAAAUAUUUUA